AUGUCAGCCUCAGAGUCACAGCACGGUCUACCCAAGAACCUAUUCCCCCACCACACACCCGCAGCCGCCAGCUCAUCCACCGAGGAAAGCAAAGAUGCCAACGGAAUGACGAAACUGCCCAACGGGGUCAUCCUCGACAAAGAUGGGAAACCCUGCCGUCUCUGCACCUCCGCCGCAUCCUGGCGCAACCUAACCAAACAAGCCAAAGCUCAAACCGCGACCUCCACAACAGCAGCAACAACGACAGCCCCAAAACCAGUCCCCGAGUCCACAUCCCUACCCCAAUCGCAAGACGACUGUCCCCCCGACGUCGAAGCCCUGGGCCGCUCAACAUGGACCUUCCUCCAUUCCCUGACGGCGUCGUACCCCGUGAAAGCGACGCAGGAGCAGCAGGGCGAGAUGCGGACGUUCCUGAAGAUCUUCUCGCGCUUGUAUCCGUGCUGGGUGUGUGCGGAUGAUUUCCGGACCUGGAUGGCGGAGCCGAGUGGGCGUAACGAGCCGCGCUUAGCUGGGAGGGCGGAUUUCGGGACGUGGAUGUGCGAGGCGCAUAAUGAGGUCAAUCGGAAGUUGGGGAAGAAGGAGUUUGAUUGUCGGUUUUGGGAGGAGAGGUGGAGGACGGGGUGGAAGGAUGGGAGGUGUGAUUGA